AAACCCCCCAACAAUCAUUCAUCAACUUCACAUUCACACUGCUCUCCAUAAAACAGAAAACCAUAACUCUGUUACACACAACAUAGAUAUUACACCCAUGGAGUGGGUUCGAGGUAAAACAAUCGGUCACGGAAGCUUUGCUGCUGUAAGCAUAGCAAAGCCCACAAACAACAGUUCCGGUCUACCGCCAGUGAUUGCGGUUAAAUCUUGUGCAGCAUCCCUCGCAACAUCACUAAUGAACGAGCGUAUGAUCUUAGAACAGCUCAAAGACUGUCCGAAUAUUAUUCGUUGUUUCGGGGAUUCAGUGACAGUAGAAAACGGCGAAAAACUGUAUAAUGUUGCGUUGGAGUACGCUUCCGGCGGAGCUUUAUCAGAAAAACAACACUUGUCAGAAUAUAAAAUCCGGCAGUACACAAAUUCAAUUCUUAAAGGGCUUCAGUUUAUUCACCGGAAUGAGAUUGUGCACUGUGAUAUCAAGCUUCAAAAUGUUUUGGUAGUGUCUGACGGCGUUAAAGAAUCCGUUAAAAUAGCCGAUUUCGGGUUGGCAAAAAAGGUGGUUCACGGUUUAAAUUCAAAGUUUGAAAUCAGAGGAACUCCGAUGUAUCUGGCGCCGGAGACGGUGGCCGGCGGUGAGCAGGACGCGCCGUCGGAUAUAUGGGCGUUAGGGUGUUUAGUAACGGAGAUGAUCACCGGGAAACCGGUUUGGAACUGCGCUGACGUCAGCGCUCUGUUAAUGAAAAUUGGUGUUGGCGCGGAAAUACCGGAAAUUCCCGGGAAAUUAUCAGACGACGGGAAAGAUUUUCUUAACAAAUGUUUUAUGAAAGAUCCGAGGAAAAGAUGGACGGCUGAGAUGCUGUUAAACCACCCUUUUGUUAACGCGGGUGCAUUGGAAGGAGAGACAGAGGAUCAGAUCUCCCCGCGGGACCCAUUCGGGUUUCUUGAUUGGGAAUCAGAGCAAUCUGGUUCAAUGACACCGAAAUUGGAUUGUUGGGUCGGGGCAGAAGGAUUCGGAUCCGGGUCGAUACUGCCCGAAAGAAGAUUGGGGCAGUUGCUGACAGAGCAGAAACCUAAUUGGUCGGUUUCUGAUAGUUGGGUUAACGUAAGGUAGUAGCAGAUUCAAAGCACCGAGACUAAUUUUAGAAAAUUUUGAUAGGGAAUUUUUUAUUGGUAUAGCUUUUUUUUUUGAAAGGCCAACAAAUUUUAUUCAUCUAGAUCCAACAAAAGAGUUAGAUCACACCAAGUACAAUUGUACAGUUACAAAUUCAUACAAGAUAAUUCCAUAUUACACCAAUUAUCCCACGUAA